CUACAUAUCUCAUUAAAAUAACAAAACUAGUUAAUUUUUACAUUUCUCAUAUCAGUUAAUUGCUAAUAUUUGUUCAAUUUUAAAGAUGGAGCGUGGUAGACAUUCUGUAGAUGUGGGUAAUCUCCAACGCAACCGCAAGAGGGAGAUUGCAUCGACUCGAUCUACUUCACGCAAAGGCAAAGGUAAAGCGCGGGCCGAGUCUUCUUUUCAAAGUCGAGAUGAUUUUGAAACGGAUUACCAACGGCGAGAUGGUAUGAUGAUGUCCGACGAGGAACUACAACACCUAUUGUCCCAAAAUGAUCCACGUUUUGCACAAGAACAACAAUUCCCGACAAUCAUCGAUGAAGAGGAGCUCGAGGAUGACGAUGGGGAGGAGGACGCGGGGGGCGACGGGACUCCGGAUGAUGAGCAAGAGGACGAGGGCCCUUCAACGACUACAACCCAAAUUGUUGGUGAUGACUUUGACGUUCUUAAGUGGUGGAAGGAAAAUGAAAGAACAUUCCCGAUUUUAUCAAAGAUGGCUAAGCAAGUACUAGCAAUGCCGAUAUCAACCGUUGCCGUGGAACAAGAAUUCAGUGCGGCCGGCAACGUCCUAACCGAUUAUAGAACGAGGUUGAGCCCGAGCUCUCUUGAGACACUAGUUUGCUUUCACGAUUGGUUGAAGGCCCAACGAAGAACUCAAGAAAUUACCAUCACUCC